CUCGUGAGUGUAGCGCAAGACAGCACAGAGGUAGGGUGUUGCUGCUCCAGUUCCUGAGCCCUCAACAUAAACACCCAGUGAGGCUAACAGGAAAUGAUCUCCAGUGCGUGCUAAUCGCCGACGCUCGUGCAAUCUGUAAGGUCCUUUCCGGGAGUCUCUGCAAGUAAUGGUUGAUGGUAUGACGCUGCUAAGUUCUAGUAGAGUAGCUCCCAGAGGUGACCUGCACAGCGCCUUCAAGACGCACUCCAAGCAAUAGGAAGUGGCUCCAAGGAACUAGUCCAAGAUUGCUUCUUACUGCUGCCCUGAAAUCUCCUGCCUCUGUAAAUCGGCAGUCGCGGGAAAACAACUUCUUGCAGAACAAUCCUACACUAUACAUAUACACUAUUCUGAAGGAGUAAAUACUAUACAAUAAGCUUCUAAAAUCGGAAAAGGUCUUCGUGGAGACACUAUUAUAUGCCCCAACUUCCCCAAGAACAUCAUGUGUAGAAAUCAGCCACAGGCCCAGUCCGGAGAGAAGGUGCAGGGUGGUGAGGAGAGAGACAAAGUGCCCUCGUCGGCCCCAGGAAGGGAGGGACGCCCCAGGUACCAGCAGUUGGCCAGGCUCAGAAUUGUUGUGCUGGGGGCGGAGGGCGUCGGCAAGUCAGCGCUGACGGUGCGGUACCUGACGCGGCGGUACAUCAGUGAAUACCGACGAGCCAUUGACCUCCUGUACCGCCACACAGUCUGCCUCGACGACGUCACUUCUGAGGUGGAGAUCCUCGACGUAUCUCUACGUCAGCAUGCGCACGAGAGCGUGUCGUCGUCACACACCCGCUGGGGCGAGGGGUUCGUUGUAGUGUACUCAGUGGACAGCGCCGCCUCCUUCCACGAAGCCGGGGCCAUCCUUGACGCCCUCCAGCGACUUAAGGCGCCCGUUUACGUCCCCGCUAUCUUGCUGGCUAAUAAGCGAGACCUUGACCCCGGCAGGCAGGUGUCGGUAGAGGAAGGUCAGGCCCUGUCUCUGCAACACGGGUGUCAGUUCUACGAGGUGAGUGCUGCAGAGAGCCACGUUGGUGUCACCCUGGCCUUCCAGGCACUCCUGAGGGAGACUAGAUCACUUCAGCUCACUCGUCCACUUCCCAGACAACGUCGCAUCUCCAUCGUCGCUGUUUCCAGGAUGAUCGGGUCACUGAUUGGGCGUGGACCUGACCCUCCGUCCCCAACACUAAAGCCAACCCUGGUAGUGCAGGACUCAGCGGGCAAGCGGACGCUCCGGAGAAAGGACAAAAAGCGACCUUCUUUGAGCCUCUAGUGCAGCAGCACCUCUGCCUUACACCCUCCAGACUCACGCAUGCCACAACGCAAGUAAAGCUAAUGUCCAUGGCACAUCCAAGAAUCACUGCUGUACGUGAUACCGUAGUGCAAUAGUGAAAUUUCCAUUGUAUUUACCAAAAGAACAUUUAAAUGGAUAGUCAUGUGUUUAAUGGACUGUUUGGUGACAAAAUCAAUAAAUGCUCUAGUGAUUCUUAUAUUGGUUCUUUCGCUCUUUAAGGCAUUAUGCUUGAGCACUUCAGAUAGUUUUAAUAUACAAUAUUCUCUGAUUACUAACAAUCUGUGUUUUAGUCUUUUUGUAAUUUUCAGUCUCAUUAAUCGUUUUAUAAAAAAAACAUAUUUUGCAGUCAGAAUAUAUACGUGUCCUUAUCUACCAGAGAAUCGUGCUUCAGCUUCAUUAAUAACAGUAAUGAACAGAGAGCGAAGAAGCAGUAAGAUAAACUGAGACUUGUGGAAGACUUAGUUACGAAUCACUGCAGCAAUCAUUUAUUGUCAACACUAGCAUGCACUGCUUGUGUCUGGAGUGGACGCUUCCACUUCGCUCUGAUCUCAGGGUCCCUGCCUCUUUUGGCCUGGUAUCCACCCCUGCUCAGUCUCACAGACGUGAGCCUAUAAACAAUGAAUGUUGAGUAUGAAGGUAUGUACUGUAGAGAGCAUAACAGUGGUGCCUUUCUUAUACCUGCAUGAGAUAUACACAGUGCUGCACUCUCGUCCAUUCGACUAACUUGACUCACGAAAUCGUAAUGACACGAUUGCAAACAAACCAUAUCACGGGUGGGGUUUGAACCCGCGGUCAGAGAGUCUCAAAGCUCCAGACUGUCGCGUCAGCCACUGGGCCAGCGAGCUUCAAUAAGAUACAUCCAACUAGGUAUAUUUCUACACCCAUGGUAUGGUUUGUUUCAUUCUCCUAAUAUCUGAUAAUUUUUCUUCGUCUUUAUUAUGAAUAAAUUGUGUGUGAAAUCUUGUGUAGUGCCACACUGAAGACAUCUCGUACAUGAAAGAAGGAAUGGUGCCACUAUGUUCAGUGUCACACUGAAGACUUGUGUGUGAGACUGACGCCGCUAAGUUCAAUGCCACACUGAAGACAUUUCAGGCACAACUGACCCACAAACUAGAGACGAAACUUCGACGUUUCACUUCGUCGUCAAUCACUAUCAAUUCGUUUCUGAUUUGUGGUUUAUAUGUGAAAUGUUGCAUUCGUUAAGUUAUCUCACAUGUUAGCCAGACACUCCAUAUUACAUCAUCAUCAUCAUCAUCAUCAUCCCACCCAAAUUUUGUCCUAAAUCAUAAUCAUUCAAGUUUAUGUUUAAAGUAAUCAUUUAUGUUACGAUAUUUUUGUAAUAAACUAUGUACAAAAUAUUUUGUUAUUAAACCUUAA